AUGGGAAUUGAAUUUCCACUAACAAUUUGCCUUGUUGCUUUGACCGUUGCUCAUGUUUCCCUUGCACAGAACUCCCCUCAGGACUUCCUCGCGGCCCAUAACGCAGCUCGUGCGCAGGUCGAGGUCGGACCGAUGACAUGGGACGACACCGUUGCAGCCUAUGCGCAGCGGUUCGCUAACAACUGUAGUUUGGUUCCCUCGGAAAGACCAUACGGCCAGAACGUCGCACAAUCCUUCCUCUCCUUGACCGCUGCAGAAGCGGUGAAGUUUUGGGUCGACGAGAAGCCGCACUACGACUACGCCGUCAAUGAAUGUACCGGAGGAGAGUGUUUGCAUUAUACGCAGGUCGUUUGGCGAAACUCGACCCGGCUUGGGUGUGCUAGUGUUCGGUGCUACGAAGGCUAUUUGUUCGUUACUUGCAACUAUGAUCCUCCGGGGAACUACCUAGGAGAACGUCCCUAUUGA